AUGAUCGGAGAAGCCGCCUACUACAUUAAGAUUCGAAUACGGUGCCCUUCAAACUAUGACGUCUGGCUGUGUAUGGAUUAUGUUUCAACAUUACUAUACAUCGACCGUUUUGACGGAACUGUGCCACGGUUUCCCAAGUACAGCGACUCUAUACAUGGAUUGAGUUUUCGUCCGCCCUUUGCGGAUCAUCAACGACUGUCACCUUCUUCGACCAAUCUACAGCCAUUUCUUGCAGUUGUAAGGUCUUUUUUUGGAUUCAUUUAUUGA